UGACUCGGCUGUACCCCAGCGGAUCCCCGAGGUCUCCGCACCGCUUGUUCAGCCUCGGUUCGGUUGUUGCGUACCAGUUAACAGCUGCGAUACCAGCUGGUGUUCAUUGUUGCUUUUUCUAUCGUUCAUCAAGAGAAUACAUCUAUCUACAUAUAAAAAAGGAUUACUACUACAGAAUAUACAAUGGCCGGAGAAGUGCGCCAACCAAUCGAUAUCCCCUCUUUAGAGCGAUAUCUGAACCAGAAUGUCCCCGAGAUUAAGACCCCAUUCGAACUAAAGCAGUUCAGCUUCGGCCAGUCGAACCCAACGUACCAAAUUACCGGCGCUGACAAGCAACGAUACGUCCUACGGAAAAAGCCCCCGGGAAAGCUCCUCUCCAAGACAGCGCACAAGGUCGAGCGUGAAUACAAGGUCAUCCAUGCUUUGGGGCAGACAGAUGUGCCGGUACCAAAGGCGUAUUGCCUAUGUGAGGAUGCGGAUGUUAUUGGGACACCGUUCUAUAUCAUGGAGUUUCUGGACGGGCGCAUGUUUACCGACCCUGGGAUGCCGGAAGUAGGUGCAGAGGAGCGGAGUGCACUAUGGCAAGACGCUGUCAGGACAUUAGCCAAGUUCCACCGAGUCGACCCCAAAGCAGUCGGGUUGGAACGGUUCGGAAAGCCAUCUGGGUUCUAUGACCGUCAGGUUGCUACCUUCUCCGCUGUUUCCCGCGCGCAAUCUCAAGCAGUAGACGUGGACACCAAGGAGCCUGUUGGAGAGCUACCACACUUCACAGACAUUGUGAACUUCUUCUCGAACAAAUCCACCCAGCCGCGCGAUCGAGGGACCUUGGUCCAUGGCGACUACAAAAUCGAUAAUUUGAUCUUCCACAAGACUGAACCAAGAGUUAUUGGUAUCCUGGACUGGGAGAUGGCCACAGUGGGACAUCCCUUGUCGGACUUUUGCAACUUGACAAGCCCCUAUUAUAUGGAUGGCACGGAUCAUACGACCGAGACGUUCAAGCCCGGGGUAAUCCCUGGUCUGCCCAAGCGCGAAGAGUGUGUGCGGUGGUAUAGCGAAUUGGCUGGCUGGGAUCCGACACAUGACAUUCUUUGGGGAGACUCCUUCUUUAACUGGAGAAGCUCCGUGAUCAUGCAGGGGAUCGCCGCACGGUAUGCCUUAAGACAGGCCAGUAGCGCCCGGGCUCAAGAGUAUGCCAAGAAGACCAAGCCUUUUGCUCUGGAUGCGUGGGAGCGAGUGAAACGGGCGCAAGAACAGUCGCGGCAGAAGGGGAAGCUGUAGUUGACUGCGACCAAUCGAAUGCUUUGUACAUAAUGAGUUAUUCAAUCAAGAAUGCAAGUCCCACAGUGAGAGCCAUGAUUAUUCCGGACUCUUUCUCCGCGAGAAAUGAGACGACGCGAGUCAAUAUUGCUUACCAUGUCAAUCAUCCGUCUUAUGUAUCAUCUUGGCAUACAGAGUACUUGUACAAUGCAUUCCGGCAUGUACUCCGUAUACCAUGGCCAUCGGUUCCAAUGACGAUGUCGUAUGCGACAGUGCACAGAUUACGGAAAUCCCGAACCA